AUGGCCACCGCUCCACCCCAAGCCAGACCUGAACCAGGUCAGUGGAAAAAGAAUCUUUCGCAUCAUCUUAUCUGUCCCGAAUGCAAGGAAGUCCCGCCCAAUCUAGAGUUUCCCGGGUCGCACGAAACUGUAUGCGGGUCUUGUGGUUUAGUGCUCGCUGAUCGGGAAAUUGACAUGCAUUCUGAAUGGCGUACUUUCUCCAACGACGAUCAGAACAACGAUGAUCCAUCUCGUGUCGGAGACGCUUCAAAUCCCCUGCUUAACGGGGACCAACUGGAGACCCAAAUCGCAAGUGGAGGCUCUGGCCGUGUUCGUGACCUGUAUCGUGCUCAGAACAAGCAGUCGAGCGAGAAGGCGAACAAGUCUCUUCUGGCUGCUUACAAAGAGAUCGGUGCUUUGUGCGAUGGGUUCAGCAUCCAGAAGAAUGUCGCCGAUACCGCCAAAUAUCUUUUCAAGAUAGUCGAUGAUGCGAAGGCCUUCAAAGGGAAGUCCCAAGAUGUGAUCAUUGCGGGUUGUAUUUUCAUCGCUUGCCGUCAGUGCAAGGUACCCCGUACCUUCACCGAAAUCUUCGCUGUCACGAAAGUAUCGAGAAAGGAAAUUGGCCGAAUCUACAAGGCGCUGGAGAAGUUUUUCACGGCACAAAACCUCGAAAGGAACAACGCCGUGGUGUCAAACGGUGGAGUCCCCGAUCCCAACGACACAUACACCGCAACAACUUCCACCAAACCCAGCGACCUGUGCAACCGUUUCUGCAAUCUACUGGAUUUGCCCUUCCAAGUUACCAGUGUAUCUUCUGCACUUUCUGAUCGUGUCACAACCAUGGGAGACCUGGCUGGCCGAUCUCCUCUGUCGAUCGUUGCAGCUUGUAUCUAUAUGGCCUCGUAUCUGAUGGGGCACGGCAAAACUGCCAAAGAAAUCAGUCAGGUCGCCCAUGUCAGCGACGGAACUAUCCGCGGUGCCUACAAACAGCUUUACGCGGAGAGAGAGCGCCUGAUUGACCCGGAAUGGAUCAAGGACGGAAAGGGCGACUUGAAGAACCUACCCGCCAGUUGA